AUGAAGCAUAUUGAUCCUCAUGGAAUCGACCUUUAUGGGGCAAUAGAACUUGAAGGUCUGCAAGCCUUUAACGAAGAGGAAGAGGGCUCUACCAAAUUUGUAAUCAAACCUCGAGAAGAGAUGCUUGAAGAAUCUAAAGGAACUCUCAGAAGUGAUGACGAUGUUGAACUCGUAAUCAAAAUCCCUUUUACUUCUAAAGUCAAGAUUAAGGCAAUCACUAUUAUCGGGGGAGAAGAUGGAACUGCUCCAAAAAGCAUCAAGCUUUAUCCAGAUCUUGCAAGUGUAGAUUUUAGUAUUUUGGAAGACAAUGAACCAGCACAGGAGAUAGACCUGAUUGAAGAUAAUUCUGAAGGAAGAGUUGACUAUCCAGUCAAGUUAACGAAAUUUCAAAGCGUCGGAACUCUAACUAUUGGCAUUGACCAGAACUACGGGGCUGAUAACACAGAGAUAAAGUAUAUUGGUUUCAAAGGAGAGAACCUAAACCAGAAAGCCCAAGCCGUGAUUACUGUCUAUGAAUCAAGGGCGAACUUGGCGGACCAUAAGAACCCAAUGAUGGAUGAGAUGCCCAAGGACGUCUAA